AGAAAAGAGGUGUGUACUCACUGACUGAGGUAAACAACAUUGCACAUUGUUUACAAAAUGACCAAAGCGAAUAGAACCCCGCAAAAAGCCUGUGAACCCAAUAUAAAUGCCUCCUUGACACCAGUUCGAUAUCUGGACAGCCCCCGCCUGCAAUCGCCCACAAGUCAUGAUUCCACUUUGGCCACCUGCAAAACGAGACUGGAGACCAUCGUUAAACAACUUCAGGAUAACUACGCCAAGUGGCAAUUGGCCCAGCAGCGUGGCACCGCCAUUUGCUACUCCAUCGAGGCCAAGAAGACCAAGUGUCUGGAAAAAGACCAGGAUGAUGGAUCUACUUCCAGUUAUCCGGAUGAUCUGCUCUUGCCCUGCAACAAGUUGGCCAUCAUAGCCUCGAUUUUUGGGGAUAUAGCCAAUAAUACAAAGGAGAUGCUGAGGCAGCUGAGAGCUAUAAGUAAACUACCAGGAGCUACAGCGGAUACGAUAUUCUAUAGGUCCUGGAAGUUGCCGCAAUUCGUGGCCUUCACCAAAGAAUUAGCCGAAAGAUAUGAACAGGAGGCCCUAGUCAAGAAGGAAGUGGCCGAAAACAUUGCUCACUCGACCGAAAGAAGCCAGCUCAUCGCGUUCACAACUUUAUGGGAAUUUCCCGAGCACGUGGAUUCCUAUGUCCAGUUGGGUUUUCUCCUCUUCGCAGAAGAAGUCAGCUUAAGACAAUAAAUAAAUCAGUUUUAAACUUGUUAA